AUGGGCCGUCUUUCUACUGCGUAUAGACAGAAAAAGAGGGAGGCUCGGUUGAAAGCCUUUUCCGAAGACUCGUCAAAGAAUAUCAACAACAGCAUUGAACAUACGGCAAGGCCUGGCAUUAGCCCGGUCGCCGUGAUAAAAGAUAUUACGACUUUUUUGGACGGCAUUGCGAAGUCUGCUCUAGAUGCUCUUGCUUCCGUGCCCGAUGUGCCCGGCCCAUCAGAGACCGAGAUGGCAGCUUUCGUGGAUGAGGAUACGAUUUCCCUAGCUGAGAACACACCUUCCGAAGAUGAAAGUACGACCUCGAUGACAGAGACCAUGCCUUCCAUACAUGACAUGGAGGCCGAUGACACCAAGAUCGGGGAUACAUUCUCUCUCGCUGUCGAUAAUGUAUAUCGCGUACUGCCGGAAGCUGGAAAGAAGGCUUCCGACCUCAUUCGUGAGCAGAAGUCCCGAAAGAAGGAGAAACGACGCGCCAGGAAGGCCGCCAGAAUGACAAAGCCAACCGAUCCAGAACGGAGCUCGGAAACGGAGCUCGCCAGCAUGCGAGGCCUUGAUGUAAGCGCUCAGACGAGGCACAUUCAAUGUCAGCCAGAUGAUGAGCAGCGAAGACCAAAAGGCUUAGUUCUUGGCUACCAAUUGCAGCCGGGAAAGGAUGAUCCAUCCAAUGCUGUCAAGUCAUAUGCGACACCAGAUCGUGCUGGUGAGCUCGUGGUACAGCUACCAGUGCAAGAUACGAACCUUGAGCGUGAGGAACACAAGGAACAAGAUGUGAAGGACGAAGUUGAAAGUUCUGCAGAGCUUGAAGUCUGUGGGAUCAGUGGCCACCAGAAAGGAACGAGACUCAUUAUCUUCGAGGACGAACCUGAUUCCAUGUUCAAGGAUCACGUCUCAGACAGGCGCACAGCCUGGUUGUUUGGCUUCAACUGGUGA